CAAGCACCUGUUGGAGCUACUUUUCCAUAGUUGACAGUAGCUAUGCGACAUCGAUAGUUUACCGUGGAUACAUGCAUAAAUCUGGUUAGAAGUGGUGUCUUAUGUAUGUUACAAGAUGCCAAGCAGAGAUCCACGCAGCUAUGUCCGUGUGUUGCCACUGCCAGCACCAAGCGACAAGUUUCAGGCACCAAGCCAUGCAUCUUCAAAAACCAACUACCAGCGGCGACAGGAGCAGAUCAGUUCACAGGGAUUUUGGUCCGUCAAUCACAAACCGUAUCGCGGAAUUGGCGACCCCUUUUACCUAGACGAGAAGAAACUCAUACUUCACUCACUUGGACAGUGGGAUGAAAAUGAAGACGUGGAUCGGUCAAGUAGUUCAGAAGAUGAUGACAUGCAACCAUCAAAAACUACCAGUCAGGCCCGACCAAUGACAGCUGCUAAAUUUGUUUUAAGACGAACAAGAACAGAUCUCAACACUCUCCAUAAAGAUGUGGCAAACAGCAGAAAUUUGAUUCGGAAUGUUCGACUUGGUUAUGGCUUCUUCGAUUUGAUUAAACAACAGCAGCAGGCAAAGAAUGCAGCAGCAAUAGCAGAAAAGCGGAAGAAGCUGGAAGCUGCCCGGAGAGAGUGGCAACCCCCGAAAUCUGACAGUGACAGCGAGAGUGACUUUGAUGAAGAACUCGAUCCAGAUGUUAACAUUGCCAGAUUCCUGGAAUCCAGUAGUGAAGAUGAAACCUGUGACCAGAUGAGAAACGUUCCUUCCAGUAUUCUCGACUCUGAUGUCAAAGGAAGAGUCACAUUCAGCGGGAUGAGCGCCAGGAGUAGAUCGGCCAGCGUAGGAAGCAGACGGAACAAGGUGGCUCCCCCACGCCCAUACACCCCCCAACACACCAACCUGUCAGAUGUAAGCUCUGACGAUGUCGAAAAGGAUGCACUUUUCCGUCAGCUUUGUGUUCUCAACUGGAUUCUUGAAGCGAUGAACACAGAACAUAGUUCUGAAAUGAGUCCUAUCACACAGUCGUGGAUUCGCAGAGAGAUCGAAAUUGGUGGAUACAGACAGCUGCCACCAAAAGUCAAGCAAACUGACAGACCAGAUAAACUGAAGUGGGAACAAAUGAUGUCCAGUAACCCCUCGAUGAAGUUUCAGGCAAUGCCGAACAUGUCUAAGUUUUUAUCUGUGGUUAAAAAGUCUAGCAUAUUUAAGUCCCGCCCACUGGCACGGCGCAGCACAUUCCUUGGGCCUCGUUCCUCAGUUUCGCCUCCCCCCAGCAGUGCCAGUUCAUCUCAGCAACUGAGCUCUGCGGCGCCUCAGGAGAAACAGAGUACGACGUACAAGGAGAACACAGACUCCAUGACAGAAGACGAGUCAACCGACGCGUCCUACAACAAGAGUAUAUUUCGAUUUCUUGACGAAUACUACGAGAGUUUGAGAAAGGAAUCUGCUCAAAGUCAAGGUCAAGGUCAAGGUCAAGAAGAUGCAGUCAACAUUAAUGUUUCCAGAAUGCGCAAAAAGUCAGAUGCCAAGACAAAGGAAACAAGAACGUCUGAAGCAGAUGGGCGAACAUCUAAAAAAUCGAUCAAGACUCCAGACCUUCCAAUCACUGAUGUAGAUGAUGUUAGUGAUAAAAAACAGGCUUUUCAAACACAUCGAGAAAAGAAGUCCUUGCAACAGUUCCGAGCCAACCUUCAUAUGAUUAGACCAAGAAGUACCACAGCUCUGAUGGACUACAAGGCUCAACUGCCAAGUAACAAGCACACCCCAAUGACCCUGGAGAUGAGGCAGAAAUUCUCUGAAGUCCUUGAAGACAAGGCUUUAAGCUUACAUGACAUUCUGGAGCAGAUAGAUCGCGAUCGCAUGACAAAAUGCCAAAGCAAGUUUAUGGCAAUGAAAGCAGAGGGUCACAAUUUCCACAAGAAUCUCAGAGCAAUGAGACUGGGCAGUGCCGGAAUGACAUACCGGCCAACUACAGAACAGCUCAAGAAGAAAUCUACUUUCAAGGGAAACUGGUACACAGACUUGGUAUCCAGCAUUCCUGAAGCUUUGAAAGAAAAAUGGUUUUACAAAAAAAUUCUCAAGAAGCUUGCUAAUUUUGGUUUGCCGAAAUGUAGACGGAAGUCUGUCAAAGUCCAGCUGGCUCAGGUUGAGAACACGAGUAAACAGAGUGUUUACAAGUUUCUCAAAGUCCUCGAGACAAUUCGUGAGUGGGAGAUCUGCAGUCCGGACAUCAGCGCAGCGAUUGAGUUCUGUCGGGAGAAAAUUGUCGAAAUGACGGUAGAGGAGUUCGAAGAAUGGUUCUGUCAACAGUUUCCGAAAAUCAUCCGCCCACAGACCGCUCCUCCUGCCCACUCUAACGUCGGAAAACGAGUGGUGAAAUAAAAACAAACACACAGUGCCAAGGCAGGAUCCCACGAUCAACGAUUACAAGAAUUAGGAAGAAGAUUUUGACAAAAACAUCAUUGAAGUUUUAACAAACAAAAUUACCUUUUAUAUUCAGUGAUGUGUGUAUUUAUUUGUAAUUACAAACUCUUAGACGAUUUUUUGAAUUCUGAUUGGAUGAUGUUUGAAUUGUGAUUGGAUGAUGUAAGUGAAAAACUGAAUAUUUUCCUUCAGUAUAAUGUAGAAAAUUAUGUCCAUAUGAUGGAAGAUCAGCGCUCUAUGUUAACUUUCCCCAUCUAAGAGCCAGAUGGUGCCUACUUCUAUUUUUCAUAUAGAUAGUUUCAAAUGUUUUAGUUGUCAAAUGAAAAAAAAAGGUUGCUUAUUUGACCAAAACGGUCGCAUGUAGAGGGCUGAAGAUAAGGAUAAAGGAUAUGUAUCCUUGGUGAAAGGCAUGCCUUGAAUAGAAUCCUGCUUGCUUUGAUAUCAAGGCCAACUUCUACUAUUUUAGCUUUGUCAGGUUAAUGACCACACAGGCCUCCCAGACCUCCUGUAUUUCCUAUAUUUUUAUAGGAUCCUAUAAAACUCCUAUAUGGAGAUUCAUUUCCUAUAUUUGACUUGAUUGCUUUGCCAAAAUGCUGAUGAAUAAAAUAUGUUACCGAGUUAUAUUCGCAGUGAAAGGCAACCCGCCUGUCAGAAAUUUAGACGAUGCUUUGAAUGUGGGAGAUCUGUAUCAAGUGCCAAUCAAGAUCCUGCUCACCUGAUGAGGUGAGGAGGAUGUAUUACUGAUACAAGAUGCACCAACUUUCAAAGUAUCCUGGAUAUAGGCAUGGACUGCUGGCAAUCCUUGGUAUAUAAUUGUUGAGGUAGUAGAUGGUAUGUUGUGUACAUAUGCAAGGUAAGAACAUACCAUUAGUAAUGUAUAGGUUUUUAGAAAUCCGUGUAAAAUGCCUAUAAUCAAGGUAAUCAGUCCAAAUUUUCCUAUAUAACUCCUAUAUUUGACUUAAAUAUUCCUAUAAAACUCCUAUGUUUGACCUCAAAAUUUCUAUAAAACUCCUAUAUUUUGGUAUGCAAAUUGCUAUAUUUCCUAUAUUUUAAGUGGCUGGGAGGCCUGACAACAUUAUGCUGGUCAUUUCUCUUUUAUAACUUCAAACAUUUAUAUUACAAAGUGAAGGGUUUUUCAUUUCUUAGCUUACAUUAGAACGUAACCUUACAAUAAGGUUGUUAGAAAAUUUUGCAUGCAAAACAAAUAGAAAUCUGCCUUGAAUAGAGGCCAGGGCCCCGUUCCACGAAGCGAUUGUAGCCCUAAGAUCACCUUAAGUGCAUAUGGUAGCUAUGCUCCUAAGGUGAUCUUAGGGCUAAAAUUGCUUUGUGGAACGGGGCC